AUGGAGAGUUCAGACAAACCAAUUUCAAAGCUGAAAUUUCUUGUCGACCCGGAGACGAACAAGGUCGUCGUGGCUGAUGCUCGUAAGGAUUUUGUUGAUGUGCUCUUUGGUUUGAUGGCCCUGCCAAUGGGUACCAUCGUCCGAUUGCUGGAGAAGAAUAAGCAGAAUUCUGCUCCAAUAGGUUGUUUCAACAAUCUCUACAAAAGUGUCUUUGAUAUGGACAAAGAUGACUUCUUGAGUGAAGCUUGUAAGGAUAUGCUUUUAUAUCCCAUGUAUGUGAAAGAGAAGCAAUGCAGACGACUUAAGCUUAACAUAGAUGAUACUACCGAGGUCCUCAAGGCGUUUAAAGUACCUGAAGGUGCUGGUUGUGAUGAACUUUUUGUCACCGGGAGGUCCUCUUUCAUCAUUACCGAUGAUAUGAAAGUGGAAUUCGCUUCUCUUGUUCUCACCACAAAGAUACUUAUCGGACUCGGUUAUAAUAGUGUUGCUAAGAUGGAGGAGAUGUUUGUAGACCUUAAUCAUGAAAGGGUUCUAUCUCUGCUCCAUUGCUUGUUCUCUUCGGAAACUCCUUUCACUGAUGUCUUCUUGAAGAAGCAUAGCUCUUGUGGUAUGACAAUUGACAAGGUCGCAUGA